GCAGCAUCGGUGCCCUCGCUCAACAUGGCGGCCGUUUGUGCCCGCCCCCUCCGCUAAUUGACGGGUUACUCGGUCCCAACACAGUAGACGAAGGCGGCGGCGAUGGCGGCGGCGAUAGUGGCUUCUCGCAGACUCCGCGACCUACUGAGCUGGCGAUUGACAGCCUCCAACUACUCGGGACCCAGUAUUAGCCUUCGCCUCACUGGCUCCUCUGCACAAGAGGAAGCCCCAGACCACAGCUAUGAGUCCCUUCGUGUGACGUCUGCGCAGAAACAUGUUCUGCAUGUCCAGCUCAACCGGCCCAACAAGAGGAAUGCCAUGAACAAGGCCUUCUGGAGAGAGAUGGUAGAGUGCUUCAGCAAGAUUUCGAGAGACGCUGACUGUCGGGCGGUGGUGAUCUCUGGUGCAGGAAAAAUGUUCACUGCAGGUAUUGACCUGAUGGACCUGGCUUCAGACAUCCUGCAGCCCAAAGGAGAUGAUGUGGCCCGGAUCAGCUGGUACCUCCGUGACAUCAUCACUCGAUAUCAGGAGACCUUCAGCGUCAUCGAGAAGUGCCCCAAGCCUGUGAUUGCUGCCGUCCACGGGGGCUGCAUUGGCGGAGGUGUGGACCUCAUCACCGCCUGUGACAUCCGGUACUGUGCCCAGGACGCUUUCUUCCAGGUGAAGGAGGUGGACGUGGGUUUGGCUGCCGAUGUAGGGACACUGCAGCGCCUGCCCAAGGUCAUCGGGAACCAGAGCCUGGUCAACGAGCUGGCCUUCACCGCCCGCAAGAUGAUGGCUGACGAGGCCCUGGGCUGCGGCCUGGUGAGCCGGGUGUUCCCAGACAAGGAGGUCAUGCUUGAUGCUGCCUUAGCGCUGGCGGCCGAGAUUUCCAGCAAGAGCCCCGUGGCGGUGCAGAGCACCAAGGUCAACCUGCUCUACUCCCGUGACCAUUCGGUGGCCGAGAGCCUCAACUAUGUGGCGUCCUGGAACAUGAGCAUGCUGCAGACCCAGGACAUCACCAAGUCGGUCCAAGCCAUGACUGAGAACAAGGAACUGAAAAGUGUCACCUUCUCCAAGCUCUGAGAGCCCUCGCAUCCCGGUCCCCAACCAGGGGCCUGGCCUUGUCCCACCUCAUCUGCAGAAAGGGAGGAUGGGCGAUGACCUUCGUCUGUGUGCCUUCUCACCCAGUCUCCCAGUUUAUAACUAUAUGACAAUGACUUCCUCAAGCCCAAGGCCUUAUCUUCAUCCCACGAACAAUAAAGCAAAGUAAAGAAA